CGCACUUCAAUCCUAACCAUGGCAAUCCAUCGCACCGUAUCCCCUCCACCCACCUCUCCUAUCUCACCAACAUUCCCAUCCCCUCUCACAAUGCCCCGAUCAAGCGCCUCUCCCUCAUGAUCCACGGCUGGGGCUGCCAGGCAACCCACUACAUCCCCUUAAUCACCCAUCUCACUACCCACAGCCUCACCCCCGAGACCCCCGGAGACCUGUACAUCGCCAUCGACCUCCCCGGACAUGGCCAAUCCCCCAAAUCAGCUCUCCCGGAACCCGAAAAAGGCGGGAUCCCCAAGCUCAUCCUCCGACUAUGCGCCGAGGUUCUCGAUUGCUUUGGUCUGCAGCACGAUCAGACCGAAAAGGUAGUCUACGCACACAGCAUGGGCAUCUUUAUGGCAUUUGAAAUUUAUUCAAGUUUGAAGAAUGUGAUUUCUCAUGUUAUUCUGCUGGAUGGAGCUCAUUCGGGGGGCUCAGUGCCGCCGGAGCGGUUUGAUUUAGAGAAAAUACGUGAACAGGCGGUGCAGUUUAAGGGGGGCAUCCAAGAUCAGUUGGAUUUGUAUUUCGGGCCGCGAACGUUGAAGGAGUUUGAAAGGGAGACGAGGAAUGGGUUUGCGACGUUGGAUUUUGAGUAUGCGCUGCGCAUGAGUUAUUGGUAGAUUCUUGCGGGACUAAUCACUUCGUGGGAUAGAUUGUCUAGUCUUGGUAUAUAUGUGUAGCAGAUCAGAGAGGCUAAUUGUAUGACUG